AAAAUGUAAAUGUCAAGUUGUGACAAAUCUGACGUUGGUGAUGUGUUUCAAUCAGUGGUGGAAUUAGAAAUAAAUCGUGUUAAUUGAAGAACUUACUAUGUCAUUGCCUUCCUAUUAGACUGAUUGCAGAAUAAAAUAAUGAAUUUCAACGCUUCCAGAAAUGUGGGCCAGGGCGGUGGAAUCCGCAAGGCUAAGCGAGUUAGCGAUGUAGCAGCGAUGGGGGCGCCGUCGCCCAGUCCCGCCUUCAGCCCCGCACCAGCAUACAAUGCAGGGUUCCAGCCUGCGGGCCCCCCUCCACCAUAUCAAGAAGGGAUCCAAUUAGAUGCCUCACAAGACUUUAGCAAUGCAGCACCUCCACCUGGAAAUUUUGGUUACAUGGGUGGGUACCCUCAGUCCCCUAUGGUGAACCCAGCCCAGUUGGGGUCAAUGCUGCACCAACCCAUUGUGCAGGAUAUGGCUCUGCAGUACGGCAAUCAGUUGGCAGCGCAGGGCCGCGAGGCAGUGCAGCGGGAGAUAAACAAAUAUGUCCCAGUUUCCCGCCUGCGGUACUACUUCGCGGUGGACACACGGUACGUGCUGCGGAAGUUGCUGCUCAUCAUAUUCCCCUACACACAUAAGGAAUGGAUGGUGAAAUACGACCAGGACACGCCGGUGCAGCCUCGCUACGACAUCAACGCGCCGGACCUGUACAUACCCUCCAUGGGAUACGUCACAUAUGUACUGCUUGCUGGAUUCAUGUUAGGUCUGCAGCAUAGGUUCUCUCCAGAACAGAUAGGCAUGCAGGCAUCCUCGGCGUUAGCAUACAUAAUCUUCGAGAUGAUCAUGUACCUAGUCACCUUGUACGUCACCAACACCAGCACACACCUGAAGACGCUGGACCUGCUGGCCUUCUCCGGGUACAAGUACAUCAUCAUGAUCGGCAGUCUACUGGCCGGCCUCAUGAUGGGCAGGACUGGCUACUACUGCACUCUGGUGUACACCAGUUUUGCGUUGUCUUAUUUCUUGGUGAAGACUCUCCGACUACAAGUACUGUCAGGGUCGCACGCGAGCGAGGCGGCGGCGGCGCCGGCGUACGGGUACGGCGCGGGCGGGUACAGCGCCAACCCGUACGCGGACAGUUGGAGCAAGCCGGCGGCGGGCGGCAGCAAGCGGCGCGUGUACUUCUUGUUGUUCGUGGCGCUCAUGCAGCCGCUGCUGUCGUGGUGGCUGACGUACCACCUGGCGCCCUCGGCGCCCGCGGUCGCAGCCACGCUGGCGCCCGGAGUGGCGGCGCCCCUGUCCCCCGCGCGAUAGCGGCGCCCUCUAGCCACAGAGCGGGUUCUCACUGUUCUCCUACAUUGUUAUACAUGCAUUUUUUUACUCGAAAAAUGUGGGCUUAUCGGUUAUAUACACAUUAUUUCAUCGAUUGGUACAAAGCUGACAGUGACUUGUGAAGCGUUGACCCGGUAUCCAGUGUGCACAAACAAAUACAUCAUGUAAUAAGGCAUAGGCAAUGACAUGUUGCAGCUAUUUCUCCUUCAUCUCCAAUAAAUCAUGUUUCAUCCAGAAUUUUCAUAGACUGCAAUGUGAUGGUACAAGUUUCCAAGUAGAAAUAAAUGAAUUAUGAAUGGAACCAAUUUAAUAGUUGUCAUGGAACAGUUGGAGCCCGCCACUGUGUACGCUGAUACAUCGUGUUACCUCCAUCCCCACUCCUCCUUGUUACAUUACUGGGGGAUGAACCUGUGACACGUUGUGUCAGUACCUAGUCUUAAACAAAUUAUGAAAGUUUUGUAAAUACAAAUAUUAUAUUGAUUUUAUAAUGCCUCAUUGUGCAGUUUCGUAACAUUUUCUAUCUCUGUUUACAGUAAGAAGAAAUAUAUAACUCUUUCUUAGUUCUUUAAACUGAAAAUAUUGUACUUAAUUCCAUUAAGGGUUAAAGUAAACAGAUUCAUAUCAUCAGUAUCACACAAUAUGCAAUUUUUGGCAUUACAGAUGAGAGGUAGAAAAUGAUACAAAACCAUAUUCCUAUCUACAAAUAUGACCAUAAUUGUAUACUUACCACAAGUCCAGUGUUUACCUGUCUUUCAUUUACUCUAACAUCUGGUCUAACUGUCGUACUCAGAGACAUUUAGUGACUAUUUAAACUAUUGUUUAGGAACAAUUUAGUUCAGAAAACAAUAGGGUAGUUAGUAGACAGUUUAAGAAAAUGAAAAAUGUAAUUAGUCUGUCAGUUAGAUAAUGAAAAUAUAUU